UAAAGGGAAAGGAAUGAAGCGUGCCUUCUCCUGUUGAACACCAGAGCCUAAGCUGCAGAUUUGUAGGGGCUCUGCACGUCGUUGGCUCAGCCGCUCAUGGAGAGAAUGAUUGAGGAGAGUGGGAAGAGGAGGAGGACAAUGGCGGAGAAGAGACAGCUGUUCAUGGAAAUGAGGGCACAGAAUUUUGAUGUCAUCAGACUUUCAACGUAUCGAACAGCCUGUAAACUGCGGUUUGUACAAAAAAGAUGUAAUCUUCAUCUUGUUGAUAUCUGGAAUAUGAUUGAAGCCUUCCGAGAUAAUGGCCUUAACACUUUGGAUCAUAACACAGAGAUCAACGUGUCUCGACUAGAAACAAUCAUUUCAUCCAUCUACUACCAGCUAAACAAACGCCUUCCUUCUACUCACCAAAUCAGUGUAGAGCAAUCCAUCAGCCUUCUCCUCAACUUCAUGAUAGCAGCAUAUGACAGCGAGGGCCAUGGGAAGUUGACGGUAUUUUCGGUGAAAUCUAUGUUAGCAACAAUGUGUGGUGGCAAAAUACUGGACAAACUAAGAUUCUUCCAUCCUGUGGAAUGUUCAUAUUGCCGGUGCGAGAGCAAUGGUUUCCGGUACCGAUGCCAGCAGUGCCACAACUACCAGCUCUGUCAAAACUGUUUUUGGCGUGGCCAUGCCAAUGGUCCUCACAGCAACCAGCAUCAGAUGAAGGAGCAUUCCUCUUGGAAAUCGCCUGCAAAGAAGCUGAGCCAUGCAAUUAGUAAAUCACUUGGUUGUGUACCAAGCAGAGAACCACCUCGUCCUAUAUUUCCCGAGCAGCCAGAAAAGCCACUUGAUCUUGCACAUAUAGUUCCUCCUCGACCUCUGACUAAUAUGAACGAUACCAUGGUGACCCACAUGUCCUCUGGAGCACCUACACCAACAAAAAGGUUACAGUGCAACCCGGAUGCUGCCAGCCGAUUAGCUGAUGAGCAUGCACUGAUUGCAACCUAUGUGAACCGGCUGCAGAGCGGUGCACGCGCCCUGGACAGCCCCGGCAGGCUGGACGAGGAGCACCGGCUGAUUGCCAGAUACGCCGCCCGGCUGGCUGCAGAGGCUGGGAAUGCACCUCGCCCACCAACAGACCUGGGUUUCAACUUUGAUGCCAAUAAACAACAAAGACAGCUGAUAGCAGAGCUGGAAAACAAAAACAGAGAGAUACUCCAAGAAAUUCAGCGUCUGAGACUGGAGCAUGAACAAGCCUCGCAGCCCACACCCGAGAAAGCCCAGCAGAACCCAACUUUACUGGCUGAACUCAGGCUUCUACGGCAGAGAAAGGAUGAACUGGAACAGAGGAUGUCUGCGCUCCAAGAAAGCAGAAGAGAACUGAUGGUGCAGCUUGAAGGGCUGAUGAAACUGCUCAAAGCACAAGCAGCAGGCUCGGCACACUCGUCACCCACCCACGGAGCGAGCCGCCCCAUGCCCAUGCCCGUCAGAUCCACCUCCGCCGGCUCUACCCCAACGCACAUCCCCCAGGACUCACUCGCAGGUGUCGGGGGGGACGUGCAGGAAGCUUUCACGCAAGGUACGAGGAGGAACCUCCGCAACGACCUGCUGGUGGCCGCCGACUCCAUUACGAACACAAUGUCAUCGCUGGUGAAGGAACUUCACUCGGAGGAAGAAGAUGAGGAAGAAAUGGAAAAAAUGCAGAAUGGAAAGGAUCGAGGUUAGAUAGAUGACCACAGACUGUACAGUAAUUCAGGCACAGAGGGUAACACGGUGAGCUCCUCUUCGGAAGACGUCUCCACAUCCUUCGGAAGAGGCACGUUUCAGCUGAUGCAUCCACCAUCGUGCAACUGUGAACGAUCUCAACCACCUGCUGACGGCAGCGGCUUUCUCUUAACCAACUGGAGGGCUUUCCCUGCGGGCAUUUGCCUCUUAGGUUAUUGCAUGUACUAUUUUCCUAAAUGUCUUUACUAGCGAUAAUCAGACAGUGCCCCAUCGAAGCCAGCAAUUUAUGGGAGGUUAAAAAAAGGGGGGAAAGAUAAUACUCCCUGCUCCUGCUAAGUGUACUGAUCUUUUUGGAUUUCCUACCAAACGGUGUCAUAAUCACAUCACAUGCUGGUUGUUUCCUCUUGACUUCUAACCCUCGGUAUGCAUGAAAAAACGGGUGUUGCGCCUUUUGAGUUUCCUCGCGUGUAAUACAAAGGGGAUUCUGAGUGCAGACCCUCUAAAAAAACCCGCCUUCUAAAAAUACCACCCCGUCUAUCACUGUUUGGUUGCCAUAGUGUUUGAUGUUGCAUGUCGUUCUCAGAGUAAAUGACAGGGCAUGUCAAGGGGAGAGGAAUGCGUAACAAGAGGAGGAGCAACUGUAAUUAUGGGCCAUAAACCCUGGAUGAGUGCCACAUGGGGAUUCCUGACUCCAUACUUUUCUUUAGACUGUUACAAAAUUUCCCUUUACAAUCAGGGAAUUCAGGGACGAGCAUUGCUAGGUUGACAUUAGCAUCUGUGCAUUAAUUUUUGAGAGCCGAGUUCAGGUUUGUUUAAAAUUAAGAGAAAUAACAGAGUUGUGUAGUCUGAGGCUGCAGGCUCACCACUGUCUGGAUCCUCACUAGGCUUUUCUUUUAUAGCUGCUUAGAAAACAUCGUAAUCAGUUCCAAUCACUAGUGAUUUUAUUUUUUUUUCUUGGUGCUUAGGAAUGUUAUUUUUAGUGGAAGGAGCUGAGUGCCCUAAUGCAUCUAUAAAUAUUUAUCAAGGGUGAUGAAUGGAAAGGAGUGAUAAACCCUGAAGCCAACCCUCAGCUUUUCUUCCUGUCUGAACCGAUACGCUGCAUCGGUUCUUGGCGGAAAGUGCUCGUUAGGUACCUACAGCCCUUUGGGAGAGAAAAAAUAAACAUACAUGGUGGCCGCAGAUUUAGUUGAGUAUAAAUAUUGUGAACGAGCUGUCAAAAAGGAAAGAAAAGUGAUGAUAACCUGGUUCAGCAUGUAAGCUCUAGCCUGCCAAACACAGUACACUUGUGGGGACUUGGAAGGUUUCAUGGUCGCCUUUGUGCGCUCUCAGCUGAAUGAGCUGAGUUACUGCCACAAGUCGCGUUGGUUGCAGCUGGGCAGACUCACGGGGAUGCGUGUUUCAGAGUGCCCAAAGUACAAGGGUUUUGCUCGUGGCCGUGCUCAGGGACCCGACGGUGUGGUGAUGCCUCCAGCAGUCACCAUCACACCUGCGCGCACCGGGCUCCUCCUCGCACUGCCACCGCGGGACCCCUUCCCUGCCCCCUGUCCCCUGUCCCCUGUCCCACCACCAACAACCCAGUGGUGGGAGCCACCAGGGGUUUUGCAUCCUCCAGGGCCACACUUCUGCCAGCGAGGCCAAGCACCCCUGAGCCCCGAGGCCAGGAGCUGGAGGCUGAGCUGGUGCCAGAGGCAGCAAGGGCAGUGGCAAAGGGGAGGCUCGGCCUCCUCUGCGCUUCCAAAGGGAAGGGCAGGCGGACCUUUAGAGGUGCCCGGCACGCAGCUCAGAGCUGGAAGGAAGGGCUGGACACCCGCCUUCUGCAGCCAUCAAGGACACACAUUAAACGUGAAACCUAGAUUCACAGGGGACCAUCAUAUUUGCUACUUUUUUUUUUCCUAUUAUUACUCACCCUGUGACUUUCCCUUCUCGCUUUUGUCACCACAACUCACCCAGUGUGAGGCCAAACUCUUACUGCAGCUGUCGCCUAAUGUCACCUAACGCUACCCCGCUACGAGCUGAUUUUGGGGCACAGCCACAUCAAGACACAUCUCCGAGCCUGAGGUCUGGCUGCCCUGGGACACGCUGGCCACCAAUGCACCCACCCCUGCUGGCUGGGGCACCCAUAGGUGGCCUGCCCACACCCUGCAGUCCCACCACAGUGUCAUAGGUGCAUGGGGGACAUGGGUGGGAGGCAGCUGUGGGUCUGCUCCAGACCCCGUCCAGCUACCCAGGGCUUUCUAGGAGGGUUUUGAACAUCCAGCACUUGCACAGGGGCUUCGGUGUCUUCCCUGUAGGUCUCCACCUCCGUGGAGCAUCAAGGAACCUCCUGAGAUACCCCUCCCACGGCUCUGCCCACGCAAUGCCGCUUGGCGCUGGGUUUGUUGCUGCCUCCUAAAGGAACAAUUCCUCCGUCAGAGCUGCAGCAGGCAGCCAAUCUCCCCCAGCCCCAGCGGCUGCGUGAUCUCCUCCGGGACCCGCACCCCGCGAGGUGCAGUCCUGCAGGAGCGAGGGGCCGGACACCGGAGGACGGGGCUGUUUCCGCCCGCACGCUGAGCGCUGCGUGCACUGCGGUGCCUGGUCUUUGUUUGGAAAACCUGACAGCUCCAGCGGGCGUUAGCAGGCACAGCCGGGAUAGGGCGUGUGUGUGUGUGUGUGUGUGUUAAACGUGACCCCGUGUGCCACAGCCCUGGAUUACCUCACCCGCAGUGCCAUUUAUUUUAGCCAGUAAAGCGUUUUAGCAGAUGCUCGAUGUAAUCACAACGCCGGAGCGUGCAAGUUGCUGUCAGCCCCUGCGCCGGCCAUGCCUGCUGUUAUAGGGAGGAUGUCGCUGCUUUAGGAGGCCACCACCAGGGCAGAAGGGACCCGUGUGCUGCCGGGCUGCAGGCACACCGCUGUCACAGCACAGCCAGCAGCAGCAAAUGGGCACCGGGGCUGUCGGGAGCGAUUGCAGUGCUGCCUGCGUGCGUCACAGCACAGAGGCUUAAUUGCACUCGUCCUCACCAGCCUGCAGCUGACAGCUUUGCUGCGCUGCCUGCUCGCGGGCGAUGGAAACGAUGCCGCGGGCAUCCCACCCCGCAGUGCGUGCAGCCAAGCACCAGCGGUGACCCUGAGGAGGACGAGUGCCGCGGGCUCGGUGCUUGUCACCAGCGUGAUGCUGCGGAAGGCCACUGCCGGUGGCACCCACUCGGACCCUGUCUGAGAAGCCUGGCAGCAGGCACCGGUCUUGCACUGGGAUGGGGAGUGCCACAGGUGGGUCCAUCCGAGCCCGUAGAGCACCAGGACACACGCCGCUGGUGGCUGUGAGCGGGGCCACGACCAGGCGAGGGAGGUCCCGUGCGAGGCAGCAGGACGCCUGGGACAGUUUGGCACUCCACCGGUGCCAGGCGCUUCCCCUGGUGACAUUCUGGGGUUUCGUGUAUGGAAACCAAACCACCCUAGCUUGCUUGUGGUUAACUCUGAAAACUGUGUGUGAACUAUUGCUUGCCUUUGGAAUAAUCGCCUUAAACCCCAUGGGAGGAACAUUUCAGGCCAGGCUUUAAUGUAUUCCCCCAGGCUGUAUCCCCUGGUGUUACAGCUCCAGUGUGUGCCCAUUCCCCUGCUGAGGCCAUUUUCGUCUUGCCAGAGGACGUUUGCUCUCUGGCUGCUCGAGGUGGCCCUGGUGGGGUACUCAGGACGUGGUGUUUUGGGAGCAGCCAAGGGAGCUGCGACCUGCUGCAGCACAGCCCCGCGGAGCUGCGGCCGCGCACCCAGCGAUGCACCAGCGGUGCCGGCGCUGCACCCGGUGAGCUGUGCUGCCUCUGAACGCGCUGCCUCCGUCCUGUGCUGGCCCUGCACGGCCAGCCCAGAUCCUUUCCUUUCAAAUUUGGGGAUUGUUUUUACAGCUGGAUGGUCAUUUUUUUGACUGGACGCAGUAGUGAGGGUCAUGAGCGAAGCCAGGGCUGGAUGCAGCGCUGCGAGGGAGCCCUGCGGGAGCCAGGGGUCUGCUGCAGCCGAACCCUGGGGAUGGUGUGCUGAUAUUUGCUGCUUGCUCUCAGGUGAUUUCUGCCCCUUCCUGUGCUUUAAUUUCCUCACUAAUACUGACCACAAUGCCUGUUUUCACCCUAGCAGCGUACAAAACAUGUGGUUUUGAAACCACUUCCUUCUCUGCAUUGCCCUCUUUUUCCUCGGGGAUUACUCCGGUUCCAGGGGGAAUGGCCAUCCCGAGCACGUGCUCUGCAAGCUGCUGGGUUUGGCAGCUCAACGGGUGCACUUGUGUCCUGUGGGGACGUGCACAGGGUGGCACCUGCCCUGCAGGGCGCACGGCUCCCCCGUGGGGACGCUGGCAGGCAGCACCCGGCAUCGCCGGAUGCCACCGCGGCGUGCACACGGACAGAGAAACCCCCAGAGACCACCAGGUGGGAAUCCUCACUGCUUCAGGUUUAAACCAAGCUUUGCAGUUUUUCUGAGGGGGGAAAAAAAAAAAGCCGAAAUGAAAAGCAGAAAGCCAUUACCACAUGUUUUCUCAUGGGAAAGUUACCUGAAUAGUGCCAUUCUCCAUGUUAGCAAAAGAGGUCAGAGCUCGGGUACCAGCGGGGAGUGCCAGCAGAGCGAAGCCCCCGUUCCCGUGCCGCGGAGCCCUUCCCAUGUGCUGUGUCCCACGUGCCGUGAGUCCUGUCGGGGGCUGCAAAAGGAGGAAGCUGGCGCUGGCGAUUUCUGCAGCCCUCCCACACAUGCGGGCUCGGAGGAUCUCCAGCUCCGCUGAGUUCUUGCUGCCUUGGGGACAUUGCUGUGGUUCUGGGACAUUGCCAGCGCUGCCCCCCGCCUCCCCGGCGGGGUCGGGGCCGCUGCUGCACGCGGAUGCCCCGGGACCCAGCCCUGGCACCCAGCACAUCCAUGUGCGUGGCUGCGAGCGGGAGCGUUUCACAAGCACGUGUUGGAGAAGAUGCUGUAAGUGAUGGGAAUGUCUCUGGUAGGAACCUGUAAACUGGAAGCCAUGUUCUGUCAUCUGCCAAAUACUUAAUAAAUUCAUCUCAUCCC